AUGGAAGACGACCCCGAAUUCCUCGAGCUCUCCGUGAGGCAGAGGCGAGCGAUUGACCGCGCGUUCGCGCGUGGGCUGCGAGCUGCCAAAGGCCGGCCGUCAAAGCGUCGACGAUUGAACACAUCUGGUCCCACAACCGGGCCAGCAACUCCAUCAGGCGAAAACGACGGUGGUGGUUUCAUCGCCGAAGACGACGCCGGGGGCUUUCUCCCGGAUGAGGGUGGGGGAUUCAUCGACGACGGCGGCGGGUUCAUCCCUGACGACGAUGCUGGGGGAUUUAUUCCAGAGGAUGACACAGGAGGACUCAUUCCUGACGACGACGAUGAAGGAGUCGGCGGCGGGGGGUUCAUGGUCGACGACGAGGCUUCUGCUGGUCCGUCCGCCGGUCCUUCGACACGCGCAAGCCGUGCUGCUUCAACCAACGCAGACUCCGAUGAUCGGCUUCCCCUCCGCUUGAUGCCGAAUCUCCUUUCUGCUUUGGGUCUUCCCUCGGACGAGGAUGUCCUCUCGGUCUUCAGAGCAAUGGACGACAACGGCGUGCGUCACAAGGACUUUAGGGCGGUGUGUGCGGCGCUCAUGCCCCCCGACGACGCGCCGCCUUCGAAGGGAGAUGACGGAGACGAGGGGGAAGACAAUGACGACGAAGACAGCGAUUGGGACAUGAGCUCGGGUUCGGACUCGGACAACUUCGAGCCCUCUGACGACGAAGAGUACGGUGCGCCCAAGGGUAAGGGCAAGGCGGCGACCAAGUCGCGCCGCGCGAAGGCCCUCGAGGACACGGGGCGCGCCAAGUUGCUGCCGCGCCAGCGGGAGGUAGCCCGCGCUUUGUGGGGCUUGGUCAAGCCCGAUGAGAAGGGAGGGAUCUUGUCUCGAGACGAGGUCAAGCGCUGGGCGCGGGAGCUCGGUGAGAUGUGGUCUGAUGAUGAGAUCACGGACAUGGUCACGCUGUUCUCGGGGCAGCAUGAGGGACGCGGACUGACAUUUGAGGACUUUGGGGUCGUGAUGCUUCGAGCGGGCUUGGUGUAG